AUGGACGAGCAGAUCAAAUUUCAGACAAUAUUCCCAAUCUACUGCCAAGCCAGACCCAAAAUCAAUGAAAUCAAGGCGGCUGGAGCGGCUGCCAAGGCGAGCAACAACACCAAUAAAAACAAAUUUAGUCGUCCUCCAAACAAGUCAGACCGCGAAAGUACCGAGCUCACAAGUUUGUUGCUAGCACAGAUCAAGGCACUUGGUGUUACUCUUCGUACUAGAGUUCUGGGAGGCGAAGUUCAAGAGGGUGAUGAUGGUGAAGGUGGAGGAGACAGACCCGGUGGUGAAGGUGGAAUAUGUAAUCAUUGUGUCCAUUUGUAA